UACAUAUGCAUAAAUAAAACAGGUGCAACAGAUGAUGAUGUUGAAGCAGCAGAAGUGAGCUCAAUAGCACUAAGAGAGGACACACACAGGACAACUUCAGCUGGAAACAUCUUAGAGUUCCUGAAAAUAUUCCUGGACCAUAAGGUAAAAAAAAGAAGUACAGGUUAUUAGAGGGGAAGAGAAGGAUAGAGGAAGACUUUCCAAGUGGAACACAUCAGGAUCACUGAACAAUGACAUCCUAUGAAUCUCAAGGUCAGUCUCCGACGAGAUGUGGCCCUCAGUUCCCAAGCUUGGGACAGGAGCCUCCAGAAUUGAGUCUGUACAGCGAGAGCUAUUAUCCACCACCAUCACUGCCGAGUCCACAGCGAACAAAUCCUUCCUCGUACGAACUCGGAGACUACGCCGCCUCAUCGCCUAACCCCUACCUGUGGUUUAACAGCCCAGGUAUGAACAGCACUCCUUAUCUGGGUGGAACGCCUGGCCCUGCAGGACCUCCUUUUGUUCCCCAGCACUAUGGCAUACAAAGGCCCUAUUUGGGACCUGGGGUACCAGGUGGUCCUGGUGGUGAACUGAGCUGGUUCUCCAUGCCUUCUCAGGAGGAUCUUAUGAAGCUGGUCAGGCCACCUUAUUCAUACUCAGCUCUUAUUGCCAUGGCCAUACAUGGUGCCCCAGAUCGCCGCCUCACUCUAAGUCAGAUUUAUCAGUACGUUGCAGACAACUUCCCUUUUUAUAACAAGAGCAAAGCAGGAUGGCAAAACUCUAUUCGUCACAACCUCUCACUAAACGACUGUUUCAAAAAGGUUCCACGAGAUGAAGAUGAUCCAGGUAAGGGAAAUUACUGGACCUUAGAUCCGAAUUGUGAAAAAAUGUUUGACAACGGCAACUUCAGACGCAAGAGGAAGAGAAAGUCUGACAGUAUCCCAGAGAAGAGCAGUUCUGGAGGGAAUCUGAGCUCCGAGUCAGGAGACAGCAAUGGCAGGGGCAGCCCAAAAAAUCAAGCUGUUGACAUUUCCACUUCGCCUGAAAAGGGUCCUUCACCCACAUCCAUGGGUCCGUCACCAUGCUUGAGCAACUUCCUGACUGAGAUGUCUGGUGUAGCUGGUUCUCUCGACAUGGAAGGAGAUCCCCUGAGUCGUCCCUUUGCACUCAGUCUGCCUGUGGACGGAGCACAGAGAGCUUCACAACCCACAGGGUUUGGCACUUACUCCCCCAGCUCCACGGUGUCCGAGUGGGCAUCAACUCUGCCCCCACCUCCCGCCAUUUCCCCAUCACCCUCCCAUUCUGCUUUAGGCUACAGCGGGCCUGCUCUCAGUCAGUUUAAUGGGCAUUUCUACCCUGGUUUGAGCUCGACAGGCAUUCUUUACCCUCGGGAGGGCACAGAGGUAUAGGAAAGGAAAGCGGGUGACAGCCAAAACAGAAAAAACAGAAUGAUCCAUUCACGCCACAGACUCUGGGGGCAAGAAAAAAACUGUUGUUUUCCUGAAACUAUACACUGCUUUUGGCCUAACUGAACUCCUUUGAGUUCUGUGGGCACAAGAUACGAAUGAAUUCCCACAGGAAUGGCCUAGUCAGCAUGAGAUAUGACAGGCUGACUCUAGCAAAGGCCCCUGUUACCAGCAGCUCUGACCUGGGGUCAGCUGCUGACACCAAGCCAUUUUACGCACAUAUCUAAUUCUUACUUAUCUCAUAUUACUGACACUGAAUUCAAGCACCUGCAAUGAAACAGAAUAGAUGAAUCACUUCUUAUGUGGGCAGAAAAACUCUAGUGAAAAUACAUACGGUGAAGCAGAUUUUCUUCUGCUGUAUGCUGAUAUUGUCAUAUGAUAUUGUAAGUCUUUGUAUUUUAUGUGUUUUAUGUAUUGUUGUAAAUUUGGGUAUGUGUGAAUGUUGGAGUGUUUUUUUAUUAUUUUAUUUUACUAUGAGGUCUUUAAGGGUGUAUAUUGCUUCUUUUUUAAUAAAAU